CUGAGAACAAAUCGGCAGUCUCUCAGAAACCAAAUCAAGGGUUCCUCUCCGCCUCUCUCUUCCCGAGUCAACUCACUAGACUCGGAAUCCGUUUUUUGCUUUUUGGUGAUAAUUCAUGGUACUAGCAUGAAUGGCAAGCUAUUCAGGAAAAGCAGCUCCUGCAAAUGGCUCAGUUUAUGUUUGUAAUUUGCCUCCUGGCACGAAUGAGGAUAUGUUAGCUGAAUUUUUUGGCACUAUUGGGGUGUUAAAGAAAGAUAAGCGAACAGGGCGACCGAAAAUAUGGCUAUAUCGUGACAAAGUAACGAAUGAGCCAAAAGGGGAUGCCACAGUAACGUAUGAGGACCCUCAUGCUGCAUUAGCUGCUGUUGAUUGGUUCAACAACAACGAUUUCCAUGGAGCAAUAAUUGGUGUUUUUAUGGCGGAGUCAAAGAGCAAGGAUGAGAAUCCAAGCUUAGGUAGUGAUCUUGUUGGGCUGGAGGUAGGUGCUAGGGAGAUUAACGGAGGUGCUGGACGAGGUAGAGGUCGAGGGGAUGCUACUGGGAAAGCUUGGCAGCAAGAUGGAGACUGGAUGUGUCCGAAUACAAGUUGCUCCAAUGUGAACUUCGCAUUUCGUGGUGUGUGCAAUCUUUGUGGUAGCGCACGACCUGCCGGUGUUUCUGCUGGUGUUGCAGGAUCUGGAGGUCGGGGAAGAGGCCAGGGUGGCCAAGAGAUUGGGAGCAGUAACCGUGCAGUUGGUGGACUUUUUGGUCCGAAUGAUUGGCCUUGUCCAAUGUGUGGUAAUAUUAAUUGGGCAAAGCGCACUAAAUGCAACAUCUGCAACACCAAUAAACCUGGCCACACUGAAGGUGGUGUUAGAGGUGGGCGUGGUGGAGGCUACAAAGAACUUGAUGAAGAUGAAAUAGAGGAAACUAGAAGAAGGCGGAGGGAAGCAGAAGAGGAUGACGGGGAAAUGUACGAUGAGUUUGGUAAUCUUAAGAAGAAAUUCCGUGCAAAGAUGAAACAAGCUGAAGCUGGUCACAGCCUUGCUGGUGCUGGACGUGCUGGAUGGGAAGUGGAGGAUCUAGGUGCUGGUGACCGAGAUAAAAGGGAAGGAAGCAGAGGCAAAGGAAGAGAGAGUGAGGACAGAGAGAGGGAUAGGCAUAGAAGCAGAAGCAGAGAACGAGAUAGGGGAAGAGAUAGAGAUCGAAAUUAUGAAUAUGAUCGAGACCGGGAUUAUGGACGCGAACGGGAGAGGGAUCGGGAUCGGGAUCGGGAAAGGAGCAGGUACCGUUACUGAUGAUUCAUUCCAAACGGGGGUGUGGGAUGAGUUAAAAGUUUUUGAGGUAAUUUUCCUUUGGGUUUGUAUUGACGAGGAAAAUGGACUUCAACCUCAGACUUGAAUGCAUUCGUAUUAUUUCCUUUUGAGGUUUGCCAUUCGACUCUUCUAAAUUUUUAGGAUAAACUUUUUUGGUUAUUUGUAAUUUAUUUGUUUCUCUC